AGAAAUCCCACACAGAGCUGUUCUUAGGCACAACACGGAGUGUCUGGACACAGCCCCUAGCCGUGGUAUAUUGGCCAUAUACCACAAACCCCCGAGGUGCCUUAUUGCUGUUAUAAACUGGUUACAAGUGUAAUUAGAACAGGAAAAAUGCAUGUUUUGUCAUACCCCUGGUAUAUGUCUAAUAUACCAUGGCUUUCAGCCAAUUAGCACUCAGGGCUCUACCACCCAGUUGAUAAUUAGAUAUAAGCAACUGGAGACAACUCACCACUCACCACCAUAUUUUGGUCCAUGGCCAUGGUUCCAACAUGGCCAUUUAGCCAAGUCCCCAAUGCCUGGCCAACGCUUGCACCAUGAAGCGCAGGUGGAAAGACAGACAGCGAAUGGACAGGCACAUCGCGGCGCCUGCGCAUAAUGACGAGGUUUCUGUUUAGAGUUCUACCACAAAUCAACAAGUGGAUCGACAUUAAACUAAGUGGGAUCAUUAAACAAGGGGGAAGAUGAACAAUCGCCUCUCUCAAAGCAAAUGACAGGAUCAUUUAUGAAAUGGCAACAAAGGAAUGAACAAAAGUCAUGAGUUACACACUGAAGAAAAGAGAGGGAAAUAAACACAAAGUGGAACAAAGUGGGCGGAAAGGAGAGGAAGUGAGAAAGAAAGAGGAAGAGAAACACAUCUACUAGAGGGGCUAUUAGAGCAACCGUUCAUCAGUUUACACUGCAGGUUGAGGAACGUCACACUCCUCGUGAGUUUAACCACUAGGCCUACUAUUUUGACAACUAGUGUUAGUGUGCUAUGAUCUCAAAUUCUACUGCGGCCACCACUUCAAGAAUGAGUUGUUUGAAACGUGUCAUAAAACGUGUCAUCUGUAACUUCUUCUGAUACUGCAAGUCAUUCUAUAGACAGUCUAAUGAUCUUCUACAUUUAGAUUUACAAUUAGGUCAUUUAACAGAGGCUCUUAUCCAGAGCAACACAAGUCUUCCAUCCUAAAAAAUACAUUUAAAAAACUUGUUGAGAAGGGGAGUUAACCCGUAUAUUUUCUGAUAAGUGCCGUUUGAAUUGGAAUGCCACGUCUUAUCUCUCCCACCCAGCACUUCUUUCUAGUGAUACAGCUACUUUUCAGCCAGACACUCUCAAAUACUCAAAACAACUAUCAAGAGGGAUAGAGAGCGAGGGAGAGAGCGAGGGAGAGAGAGAGGGAGAGAGAGAGCGAGGGAGGGAGGGAGAGAACGAGAGGGAGAGAGAGAGCGAGGGAGAGAGUAAGGGAGAGAGAGGGAGGGAGGGCAUAUAGAAAAGUAAGACAAGAGUCAGAGGAUAGAAAAAGGGUCUCUUUGAAUACAGUCACCCACUAACCCCACAUUAAUAAGACAACAAGAACAGUCCUUUGAGUGACAGUUAAACAGGCAGCCAGUCAGUCAGUCAAAGCAGGGAGUCAGCCAGGCAAGUAGCUAUCAGUCGGUCAGCCAGCCAGUCAGAGCAGGGAGUCAGUCCAUCUCUCUCUCAGUCGGUCAGCCAGCCAGCCAGCCAGUCAGAGCAAGGACUCAGUCAGCCAGGCAGGUAGCUAGCCAGCCAGUCAGCCAGCCUGUUAAUCAGGGAGGAUGCUGGGAUGCGGUGGGGGUGGAGUGGGGUUGCGGUACAGGCUGACCCUGGCCACAGGGCUGGUGGAGUGUCUGUGUUUUGCCGGCGUGGUCUUCGGCUGGGCAUCGCUGGUCUUCGUCCUGAAGACAGACGGUUACUUCACUGACCUAUGUGUCAAUCUGACUACUGGACCCAACAGUACAGUGGAAACAGACUGUAGUGGACAGGAUGAACAGUUCUCCCUGGUCUUCACCGUCACCUCCUUUAUGAACAACUUCCUCACGCUUCCCAACGGAUUCAUCUUCGACCGCUUCGGCACCAUGGCAACGAGGCUUCUGGGAAUAUGUCUCUACACCACUGGUACACUGAUGGUUGCCUUCUCCAGUUCAGCUUUGUCCAUGCUGCUGUUCCCAGCCCUGUCCUUCAUCGCAGUGGGAGGUAUAUUGUUCCUCAUCACAAACAUACAGGUUGGGAACCUAUUUGGCUCCCAUCGUUCCACCAUCAUCACCCUCUAUAAUGGAGCCUUCGACUCUUCCUCGGCUGUCUUCCUCAUCAUCAAGGUGAUGUAUGAAGGAGGGGUCUCCCUCCGCUCCUCCUUCCUCAUUCUCUCUGUCUGCAGUGUCAUCCACCUCCUCAGGACGUUCUUCCUCAUGCCCAACACCCACAUUCCCUACCCACUCCCCGAGGGCUUCACCUAUGGCGUAAGCCCUGGAAAGUCCAACAGCUACAACGUAGAGGAGAUUGAGAAGACGCGAGAGAUGGGGAUGACAUCGGAGGGGGAGGGGCCAGCUGAGACUGACGACAUGCCCCUACAGCCUGAUGAUGGGCAGCAGUCGGAAGACUCUGGGAAAGUGGCCAGUUUCAGGAGUUGUGUACAGUCGUGGUUCUUCCUGUGGCAUCUGGUGUGGCUGUCUGUCAUGCAGCUGAGACACUACCUCUUCAUCGGAACACUGAACCCCAUGCUCAACCGGCUGGCCGACAACGACUCAGCCCUGGUGAGUCAGUACACCAAUGCCUUUGCCUUCACCCAGCUGUGUGGGGUCCUCUGUGCUCCCUGGAACGGCCUCAUCAUGGACAGACACAAGGGGAAGCCUCUGGCUCCAGGAGAAACAGAUAAGGAGGCAGACCUACGCUCCUCCUCUCUCUCCCUCUUCCUCACCUCCCUCCAGUGCCUCCUCUUCUCCAUCUGCGCCUCCUCUCCUCUCCUCCCUCUCCAGUACCUCACCUUCAUCCUGCAGGUCCUCAACCGCUCCUUCCUCUACGGAGGCAACGCAGCCUUCAUCAGCAUCGCUUUUCCUGGGGUCCACUUUGGGAAGCUGUAUGGUUUGGUGAUGUCUCUGUCUGCCGUGGUGUCACUGCUGCAGUACCCCUGUUUCGCCCUGGUCAAAGGAGCCCUAGGUGGAGACCCCUUCUAUGUGAACAUCGCUCUGACUCUCCUCACUCUACUGGCGUUCAUCCAUCCAAUCAACAUCUUCUACCACUGCAGGAAACUGACCAAUCAGAGGGAGGAUAUGGCCGGUGGUGCUGCCAUCACAUUGGCUGAGGCCAAAAUGUAGGGCACAUUACAUGAUGGUCCUGAGCCAAGGGAAACAGGAAUUGUCUUAUUUCUAAUUGUUUAAAGGGAAUAUGUGACUAUGUAAAAUAAUAAAACGCUUUUUUAUACUUAUGUUUUACAGUAAUCCCAUAUUCCAUCAGUAUGUUUUGUUGGAUAGUUGUCAAUAAAAAUGAUUAUCCAUUA